AUGUAUGACAGGAGGCAACUGAAGAACAUAUUUGAUGUAUUGAGAAAAGAUUGGAAGUUGUGGGAAAAACUAAUGUCUGGGGAGACUGGCAUUGGUUAUGAUGCAGCCACAAAUAGGGUGUUGGCCUCUGAUGAGUGGUGGCAACGAAAAAUACUGCCUGACACAGAAGAGGAGGAGGAUGUUUAUAGAGUCGGGCUAGACCAACAAGAAGGGUCAAGGGAUAGUGAGGAUGAAAACUUUGGUGUGGACCCAACAGCCAGUGCAGGGUUCACAGAUGACUUCGCUGCUUGCAACAUAAACAACCCCGCAAGCACUGGACCAAGUAGCUCAGGAAGCUAUGGAAAGAGAAAGAGGGGUGAGACAUCAGAUGCAAAGAAGAAGAAGAAAGUUGCUGCAUCUACAUUAAUUUCUGAUAGCAUGAGUGUCAUAGCAGCUGCUUCUGACAAGCGAGCAGCAGCAUUGGUUGAAGAUCCCCAAGUAGUUGAUAAGGUUUUGGCACACCUGACUACCGUUGAGGAGCUUAAUGAUGACAAUCAACUAUAUUAUGCAUGUGCCAAGAUGCUUACGCUGUUGAGGUGGGCUAGGCGAGCCUAUUUGGGGUUUAUGCAUGAUAGAACCAAGUUGUUGGCGUGGUUGAUACCGGCAGCACAAGACCCAGACACAUGGAAGUGA